AUGAAGCGGAAGACAUUUGGACCAGGGGAAAUUGGUGGAAACAUGGACAGGGCAGAGAUGGAGGUGUGGAAGGAGACGGAGGAGGCGGGGAAGGAGCUGAGGAGGAUGGAGGAUGAAGAAUGGGCAUUCGGGCCGGCAUUUGCACUCCUUUGGGAACUUCCAGAAGCCCCUUCAUGCAUCUAUCACAUUUUGUAUCUCUAUUCAUCUGUUGAUGGACAUUUAGACUUCAAGUAUCUGUGUUCCGUCUUUCAGAUCUUUUGUGCAUACACCAAAGAGUGGAAUUCCUGUAUCAUAGCAUCACUCACCUAUCUCCCUAUCAAAGUAAUCCCAUCACAAGCUUUCAGAGGACUUAAUGAGAUCAUAAAAAUUGAAAUCUCUCAGAGUGACUCCCUGGCAAGGAUAGAAGCUAAUGCCUUUGACAGCCUUCUCAAUUUGUCUGAAAUAUUGGUCCAGAACACCAAGAGCCUGGUGCUCAUCGAAGCUGGAGCAUUCACAAAUCUCCCCCGGUUAAAAUACCUAAGCAUCUGUAAUACAGGCCUCCAGCAGCUUCCAGAUGUUACGAUGAUCUUCUCCUCCGAAUUCAACUUCAUUCUGGAAAUUUGUGAUAACUUACACAUAACCACCAUACCAGGGAAUGCUUUUCAAGGGAUGAAUAACGAAUCCAUCACACUCAAACUAUAUGGAAAUGGAUUUGAAGAAAUACAAAGCCAUGCAUUCAAUGGGACGACGCUGAUUUCGCUGGAGCUCAAGGAAAACGUCCACCUGGCCAAGAUGCACAGCGCAGCCUUCCGGGGAGCCACGGGGCCCAACAUCUUGGACAUUUCUGCUACCAAACUGCAGGCCUUGCCUAGCUAUGGGCUGGCGCCCAUUCAGACCUUAAUCGCCAUGUCGUCCUAUUCGCUAAAAACAUUGCCAUCGAGGGAAAAAUUUACCAACCUCCAGGAUGCCACGCUGACUUACCCCAGCCACUGCUGUGCUUUUAGGGACUGGCCCGCCAAAGUGCAGAAUGUUUCCUUUUCCAUUUUCGAAAACUUUUCCAAACAAUGCGAAAGCACAGCAAGGCAGUCGACUAACGAAACGCUCUACUCUGCCAUUUUGGAGAAUGAUCUGAGUGGCUGGGAUUACGACUACGGAUUCUGCUCCCCGAAGACUUUCCGCUGCGCCCCAGACCCCGACGCUUUCAACCCCUGCGAAGAUAUUAUGGGCUACGACUUCCUCCGGGUCCUGAUUUGGCUGAUCGGCAUCCUGGCGGUCACGGGCAACAUGACAGUUCUCCUGGUGCUCCUGACCAGUCGGUACCGACUGACGGUGCCCCGUUUUCUCAUGUGCAAUCUCUCCUUCGCCGACUUCUGCAUGGGGCUGUACCUGCUGCUCAUCGCCUCCGUGGACGCCCGGACCAAAGGCCAGUACUACAACCACGCCAUUGACUGGCAGACGGGGCGCGGCUGCCGCGCCGCAGGCUUUUUCACCGUCUUCGCCAGCGAACUCUCGGUCUACACGCUCACGGUCAUCACGCUGGAAAGGUGGCACACCAUCACCUCGGCGCUGCAGCCCGACCAAAAGUGGCGCUUAAGACACGCAAUUCCGAUUAUGCUGGGAGGCUGGCUCUUCUCCACCCUGAUCGCCGCGCUGCCCCUCGUGGGGGUCAGCAGCUACAUGAAAGUCAGCAUCUGCCUCCCGAUGGAUGUGGAGAGCGCGCUCUCCCAGGUCUACAUCCUCGCCAUCCUGAUCCUCAACGUGCUGGCCUUCAUCGUCGUCUGUGCGUGCUACACUAAAAUCUACUGUGCGGUGCAGAGCCCAAAGCGGAUGGCGACCAACAAAGACACGACGAUUGCUAAGAAAAUGGCCGUCCUCAUCUUCACCGACUUCACCUGCAUGGCACCCAUCUCCUUUUUUGCCAUUUCAGCAGCCUUCAAAGUGCCCCUGAUCACAGUGACCAACUCCAAAGUUCUCCUGGUUCUGUUUUACCCCGUCAACUCUUGUGCCAAUCCGUUUCUGUACGCGAUUUUCACACAGGCAUUCCGAAGAGAUUUCUUUCUUUUGCUGAGCAAAUUUGGCUGCUGUCAACGCCGAGCUGAAUGGUAUAGAAGAAAGGAUUUUUCAGCUUAUGCCUCCAGCUGCAAGAAUGGGCUCAGUGGCUCUCAUCAGCCUCCUCCGCCCACUCUGAAGUUGUCCACAUUGAACCGUCAAUAUAAAGCUGUCUUAGAGAGGACUUGCUGCAAUUAGUGUUCACGGUUACAUCAGUGACCACGUUAUUGGACUGUACCCCUAUCUGUGAAACUGCCUGUACCAGCAAUUUAGCACAAAGAGUUGGAUUUUGGAAAUUAUUUAUUCUUAAGCACAUUCAGCUGAAAAAGGACCUCCCUCCCCCUAGCGCAAAGUAUGAGCGAUGGCCCUUUGUCAGUCUGAAAACUAUUUUUCAAUUGUACACGAUGACCCAAAAUAAAGACAUCGAGAGUGUUGAGAAAUGUUUAGA